AGACCACGUCUACUCCAGUGUGUGAGGUCAGGAGUAAACAACCACACAACAGAUACAACAGAUAGACAGCUCCCGUCAGUUCCAGUUGGUUCCAAACCAGACGCAUCUAUUUUCCAGCAUGUCAGUUCAGUAAAGGCAGCAAAGAGUUCCAAAGCUACAACAACUAGUGUGAAGAAAAGUCCUCCCACCAACACCCUAGACAGGUUCUGCUCUACAGCUGGCUCCAGAACAUUUCCUGUAGAAGAUGACAACGGCGAUGACUUCCAAGAUAACGUUAAGAGACCCAGAAACAAAAGAAUUUCUUACAAGGAGUCCAGUAGUGAUGAUGAUGUAGAGAUUGUUGGAACAGUGGUAACUCCUCCUCCUGUAAAAGCUGUCAAGGUGCCAAGUCCACAGGCAUCCACCUCGUCUGAAUCAACUUCGGGAGUUGAGAGAAAUAGCUCACAAGUUGCAACAGCUGACUGUCCCGUGUGUGGAGUGAGCAUCCCUGAGAGACACAUCAACACACACCUGGACGUCUGCUUAACAAGGGAGGAGAAGAAAGAGUCCUUAAGAAGUUCUGCCCCUAAGAGAAAGCCGAUGGCUAAGCUGGUGUAUAACCUGAUGUCUGAUAAGGACCUGAGGAAGAGACUGAAGGAGAAGGGUUUAUCUACACAGGGGGACAGGCAGGCCCUGAUCGCCCGACACCAUGAGUUUGUGUUGAGGUACAACUCACAGUGUGACUCGGCAGACCCUAAAUCAGUUGCUCAGAUAGUGAAAGAAGUGGAAAAGCAUGAGAGAGUGUUGAACAAGUCCACCGGUACAAAACCUAACUUCCCUCUCAACAAGACUUCAAAUGAAGAAGAGAGAGACAAGGUCAACACUAAAUAUGCAACAGACCACAAAGCACAGUUUGACUCACUGAUAGAAAAUGCCAGGAAAAGGAUGAAACAAAAGAGGGAAGCAAAGUUGGAGGAAAAAGUGCAACAAAAUGAUGUAGUACUAGAAGAGAAAUUGCCAUCCAUGGAGUUGGACUUGAAUGUAGCUACUAAUGAAGCAACCACAGAAAAGCCAUCAGAAGUGUCAAAUAAAACAGAACAGAUUGUUAGAGACAGCCAGAAAGCAGAGGAAAUGUCUACAAAGGAGGAUCAAGAAGACAUGAGUAGAAUAGAGGAUGAAAAAGACCACACAGAAGACACAGUUGAGGAUCAGAGCCACCAUGUACCAACACCAGAUGCCCCACAGUUUAACCUGCUGGCAGAAUUUGAUGACAUAGAUAAGGAGGAGGACACCCUGUGCACUGAUGACACCAGGGAUGACACCAAAGAUGGCACCAGGGAUGACAUGGCUGAUGACUGUGACAGUGAGAAGAGCUUCAGUCUUUUUGACAACAUUCAACAAGAAACCCAUUUAGAUGAACUACAGGAAGACCAGCUGACUGAUCAUGAACAGAAGAAUGAUGCAGAAGCACUGAUGAGAGACACCGAGUCAGAUGAUGACGACAAUGACACCCUAACACCCUCUCUGGAGUUUGGAGCAUCUGAGGGUUCUGUGGACAUUUUGACCAUGAAGCCAUACCAGCGACAGAAUCCAACAGAUGCCCAGUCCAGCAGCUCAGGCCCAAACUCUAUGAUUGACUUUGAUCAUGACUUCCUUGGUGAUGACCCAGAAAUCAAGUGUGUACCAGAAAGCCCUCCUGUAAGGCAGAUGAGAAGGGGUAAGAGGAAAAUGGCAGAGUUACAGAGUGACAGUGACGGUUCAUUCGGAGGCGAACAGGAAGUGCGCAGAAGCAAACGUCGCACUACGAACAGGAAAGAAAAUCUGUGACUCCGCAAAGGAACAUCUACCUAAGAACAGUCAUGUUCUAGGCUACACGACUUAUGUGUAGUUUUCAGUCUUCUAAUAGUCUAUCCUCUGUUAAUAAAAUAAACAUCCAAUGCAUAUCAUUGUCUGUUUUGCAUCAUACUCUUCUGACAGUGUUAAAGCUGAUGAUGAUGAAAGAAUAAGUGAUAAUGUCACUACUGUCUUCCAUAAAUAUGUUUAGAUAUUGACAUUAUGACUCAACUACAGAUCACAAGUUCAUACUGCACCAAGAUCAAAAGCAGCAAAAUUGGAGAUAUUCUAUUGAAGAAAGACAAUGGUAGUCCCUGCAUAGUUAUGAGUUUAAGUCACUUGUAAGACAUACAUAAAGCUGUGUAACAUUUUGAUUUUAUCAGUGCUUCCUAUUCUUAUGUUUAAUAUAGCUGUGUAAACAUAUACAUAUGCAAGCUUGAGUGGAAAUGUAUUAUAAAGUGUGAUCUUGAAGCCGUUGAAGGUUCAUAUUUUUUUCAAUGAUGGCUUUUAAAGAAAGUAAUGUAACACAUGGAUGUCUUCCACACAGAAAAAGUUGACCAUAUAUGUAUGAAAAGUAAGUAUACAGAAGCCUCUAGUUGGUGAAUGAAUUAAAAAAUCAUUUAAGA